AGAGAUGUCAACUUCUCAGCUAGGCUUCGCAACAAAACUCAAUUUGAGAGCUGAAGGUCAUCCAGCUGCUGCAAAAUUAGUUAACGAAGUGGUACGUUCACCUCGGCGAGCGAUUUAUUAUCAAAAUGCAUUUCGUAAGGAACGGCACCGCACACGAAAGAUGUCAGGUGAGGAAGCACUUUCAGUAAUGGUAGAGGCCAAGUUAACGAGGCAUCAAUAUAAUAUUAUUAGAGCAAAAGACCCUGAAAGGUUUCCUUCCUACAAAGUAGUGCAAAAUGCAAAAAAAAUGUGCUAUCCGAAAAAAGAAGAAAUGCAUGUGACUGAUAGUUCAGCAGAGGUAACAUUGCAGGCAUUAAUGGAUCAUACUGUAGAUCGUUUGGUUUUGGCUCAAAAAGAAGUUAUACUAACUUUAAAUGAGGAACAACUUCGAAAUUUGUGUUUGAUCUGCAAGUGGGGAUUCGAUGGGAGUUCCGGCCAUAGUUCUUACAAGCAGAACUUUGUUGGAAUGGAAGCUGAUGAUUCCAGUGUUUUUAUAACUUCGGUAGUUCCCAUCCAACUUGUUUGCGAAUGUUCCUCUAAAAAAAUCGUUGUGUGGCAAAAUCCGAGAUCGUCAUCAACCAGAUAUUGUCGCCCAAUAAAAUUCGAAUAUAAAAAGGAAUCUACACAAGUAUCGGAAGCUGAGAAGCAUCGAGUUGAUACUCUAAUUCAGGCUUUAUGUCGUUCUAUAAUUAACAUCGAGGAAAAAGUUGUUGAAGUUUCCCACAAACUGAUUUUUACCAUGGUGGACGGAAAAGUGUGCAAUGCCCUUACAAAUACAACCUCUUCUCAGCGCUGUUAUAUUUGCGGUGCUAGUUCAAAGGACUUCAACGAAAUCGAAAAGCUGUUGUUGAGACCUUACAAUCCGAGUGCAUUGCAGUUUGGAUUGUCCGUACUGCAUUGCUGGAUUCGAUCUUUUGAGUGUCUCUUACAUAUUGCUUAUAGGCUUCCAAUACAAAAAUGGAAAAUUUGUAAGGAAGAUAAGGACAUAGUUGCUGCCAAUAAAGUUCAAAUCCAAAAAAAAUUUAGAAACCAAAUGGGUUUGAUUGUAGAUCAACCCAAGCCAGGUUUUGGAAAUUCCAAUGAUGGCAACACUGCUAGACGUUUUUUUAGCAACGAGGGAGUCGCAUCUGAAAUCCUGGGUGUCGAUAAAUUAUUAAUCGAGAAGAUGCAUUCCAUAUUAGUAGCAAUUUCAAGUGGCUAUGAUAUCCAUAUUGAAAAUUUCAGAGCUUUCACACUUGACACUGCCAAAUAUUUUGUGGACCUUUAUCCAUGGUAUUAUAUGCCUCCUACAGUUCACAAGCUUUUAAUCCACGGCCCUGAUGUCGUUCAUUCUGCGCUUCUUCCAAUAGGUCAAUUGACGGAAGAAGCACAGGAAGCAAGAAAUAAGGAUUUUAAAACAUAUCGUGAACAUUUUUCGAGGAAAUGUUCUAGAAAAAAGUGCAAUGAAGAUGUUUUAAAUUUAUUGCUCAUCACAUCUGACCCCUUAAUAACCAGCUUAAGGCAAAUGCCUAAAAAAACCGUCAGAACAUUACCUAAAGAAGUAUUUGACUUAAUUAUUGCUCCAAAUGUUUUUAAUGAUGAAAACUCUAACAUUCUUAUCAGCGACGAUGAAAUUGAGUCUGACGAAAAUGACUUUUAGUUUAAAUUAAUAUACUUAGAAAUUAAGCAACAAAUGUAAAUAGAAGUGGUUUUUAUGAUUUUUGAAAAAUUGUUUCAGUUAUUUCAUAAAAAAAAACUAUGACAACAAAUUAUUAAAAAAAAAAUGUCCAAGAAUUUCA